AUGUCGAGCGACACGGAGGACUUCACGCAGCUGACCGACAUAAGCGAACAUCGCCAGCAUCACCAUCGGCAUCAUCAUCAUCAUCAUCAUAGUCAGCAUCAUCAUCAUCAUCAGCGCGGCCGAACGCCCGUGGGCGAGAUCGGCGACGACGAGUGCAGCACCGACAGCGGUUGCAGCAGCGGCGGCAGUACCGGCAGCGGCGAGCGUUUGUCGCGCCGAGGUAGUGGCGAACGGCUGUCCCGUUCCAGAUCUCCGAGAACAUUCUGCUACCUGGAGCAGUUGCGCGGACGACCGACGCGAUCGCAGGAGCGGUUGAGCAGCAGCGCGCAGAGAUCGUCGGAGCGCACCUGGAGCUUGCCCGAGGACGUCCGGGGUUUACCCCGCGGCGGCGUCUCGCCCUCGUCGUACUCGUCCAGCCCGUCGGACGUGCACAGCAGCAGCGACAGCGACUCCCUGAAGAGGACCUCGACCGCGGAGACCCUGCGACGGGCGUUCCAGAGUCUGAAAAUCGCCUCGCACAAAUGGGAUAACAGCAAGGAAAAGAAGCACGCGAAGAAGAGCCCGAAGAGAAUCCUGCGCAGCCCGGUGUCCUACAUGUACGUGCGCGGAUUGUCCGGUUUGCCGACACAGAGAGUUCCCCGUAACUCCGGUCUCCAGCAGCAGAUGAUGCAUCCGUGCUCGUGCCAGGAUCUGAUUGGACUCUAUCGAUAG